AUGGUGCAAACGUCGCGUUCACAUUAUCCACCUACAUUUGAUGGUUUCUUGCGCAAAGGAAAGCGUCAGGUAGACUCGUCAGAGGAACAAUGCCUACAAUGCGGUCCACCACCACCUUAUUGCGAACGUGGGCCUCCUGGAACACCAGGAAAGCCAGGAGAACCAGGACCUGAUGGUCAACCUGGCCCGGAUGGACAACCUGGUACCCCGGGAGCUGCACUUAUAGCCGAUUUGUUCCCUGUUGUAAAAAAAUGCAUUCGAUGCCCACAAGGACCUCGCGGAGCUCCCGGACCAGAUGGUCUUCCAGGUCUUCCGGGACCCGUAGGAGUUCCUGGUAGGGAUGGGCUUCCAGGAGCGCCAGGUGUUGCUGGCCCGCGAGGGCCUCCUGGAGACGUCGGAAAGGAUGGCCGACCAGGAGCGCGCGGAGCAGAUGGUGAACCAGGUGAUCCUGCGUUUUUGAACCUGCCAGGGCCAUAUGGACCUAGUGGACCACCAGGACCGUCAGGGCCUCCUGGCCAGCCAGGCCGUCCUGCAGCUGAUCCAGGACCUGGAGUUGCUGGACCCGCCGGAGUUGCUGGUCCUCCUGGGCUCCCAGGUGCCAAUGGACUUCCUGGAGCGCCAGGUCGUCCAGGAAAAAAUGGUGCUCCAGGUCCCGAUGCUACCUAUUGUCGUUGUUCUCCUCCAAUAGAAAAUGUUGGUGCCCUUGGUGUAGCUCCGACGACUGCUACAGGCAAGGAGCCAGUUGGAGGAGGAGCUCAGGUUGCUCUUGCAACAAUCAAGACAAUGAGGAAUUUUCUCGGUGCUUUAUAA